AUGUUCGGCUCAAAAGUGAUUGCCCUUAGAUGGAUUAAGAUUUGUAGCGCUAGAGCGGUUAGAUCUUGGGUAGUUGGUCUGGGCGUUUUUCUGAUUUUACUGGCUGGUGUUGAUAGUGUUGACAUGCCAAUGAGUCAACCAUGGCAUAAUACCAGCAAUACGUAUGAAAUGGAUCUAAUACUUCAAUGGGUGCCGCCACUUCUUGCUGAGGUGGCCCAAAACUUGAAGUUGAUUGGCUUUACAACUCACCUGCAUCCGGAAGAGCUCCGAACUAAACCCUAUAUUCCUCCUAACACCAGUAAGCCUACCCUGAAUUCAAAUGUACUUUCAAACACGCCUGAGUAUGUGGUAGAGUAUCCACCAGAUAUCCACAUCACAUUUAACUUGCCUUACUAUUCUGAUGACAUAGAGGCCUCAAAGGCUUUGACUAUGCUAAGAAAGAUCGCCAAAAUUCAAGCAGACUCUGCCGAUGUGGAGUUUAGAGUGUCUAACCCAAACCAUCACGAGAUCAAUAUGAAAAUUCUAACGCGAGUUAUCAAUAUGAUUGAUUGUGAAAAGUUGAGGAUUUUCCCUGGUCGGAAUAUAAAACGGAACGAAAAUGCCAAUAGAACGGACCUACUUAGCUAUAACGACGAAGCACGGAAUACUGUCGAACAUGCUGACUACGAAUCGGCGCUCCAGAUUACUUUUUUAACCGCGAUCUCUAGUGGGCUUCCAGAUCUGAUAAACAGCGAGUUUAUCUUGCUGCGACCAGCUGCGGCGGUAGUUCUAGAAGGUCUGGAAUUCAAAAACAUGUCUUAUCUUAGCCAACUUAGACUAUUAGACGGCUACACUCUUGCUUUUGAGCGUCUACCCCAAAUAGUUUCCAUUGACUUCUCAAUUCUCCAUGACUCUUUUCACAGAUGUCAAGCAAUUGAAUUCCGAGACAAAUGGCGCCUAGAAUUAACACUUGCUGGACUUGACAAUUCUGUUGUUCGACACCCCCACCUAACUCUAAAUAUGCCCUGGCGAACCCUUCAGUAUUUGGUCAAAAACAAUGCUAAUCCAAUUAUCGUUCACACUAUUUGGGUUCCCGAUUCUGUUUCAAAUACCCACCAAGAGUUACUUGAAUUCUAUCAACAAGAGAAGCAAUAUGACCUUCGAGUUUUUGCGUACAACAUUCGUUUCGAGUUUGGCCCCGAUACGCCAUGUAAUCUCGCUGCCAAUAAUGCGGCGAUUUACACAACCGGCAACAUGCUUAAACACGGAAUCAAAAUUGGUGCAAUUAAGGUCUCUUAUAGCCCCAAGCGAAAAGACUUUAUAAGGACCAUAUCUCAAUUCUCUAUUAUCGGAGCAAUACCAAGUCGGGUGGCAACAGAAGCUGAUGAUCAAAAUAUUGUGUGUUGUGGUGACCGUCUCAAUCAACCCAAUUGGUCACUUCCAGAGACAGUUGACAUUAAAAUGGACAACAAGCUCUUAAAACUUCGACUUGAGAGUCGCGAGGAACAUCGUAUAGCUGGGCGAUUCUGUCAGAACUUAACCUACAAAACACUUAACAUCAUUGGCGAUAAGAAACCAAACCCAGACCAGGUUAAGCAGUGUAUGCAGCUUCUUGAUCUAUUGGAAUCCAUCAGAGGCCAAAAGCUAUGCAUUUCGAAUAUUCGUGAUAAGAGAAAAACCACGAGCAAGUUUGAUUUAGUCACUCUGAAGGAAGAAACGACCCAAUUCCCCCGAUACACCCUUGAUCUCGAUACUUUGAUAUUAGACAAUGUUGAUGAGGCCAUUAUUUAUAGGAUGUUUGGACGUUAUAAUAUUGUCAAGCUAAAUGAACUGCAUAUUUUGAACCAGGCAUUUAAGAAUCUGGCUAUCGUUCAGCUUCUUUCCUUCUCACUAGGCCCGAUAGACACAAAGCUUGUGCUCAAUGAUCUGGCUAACCUAAAUGAGAUUGUGCGUUAUAACCGGCGAGAUCAAAUCAAAGGCUUUUCGUUGUUCAAAUACGUGGAAGAUUUCCUGCAGUGCAACCAAUCAGUGGACGACCUUCAUCUAAAUAUGUUGGUCUUGUACACGGACGGCAUUGGUGUUGAUGAAUCCGACCCAGCCCUAUCUACAAUUCGAUCCUACGGCAUUGAGCUGCUAACGAAUAGCACUCUCGAUAACUAUUUCGCCAAUAUGUCAGCAAUACAGGAUACGAAUGUACUAGUGCUUUAUGGCAUCACGAUUGAGGCCUUAAAAGCAGAUAUAGCUAAGUGUCAAGCUCAGGUCCAAAGUCAAAAUCCAUCCGAAGCAGAAACCCCGGUCAAAAACCCGCAUAUCACGGAGUUGUCCCUAAACUUCCACAAGCGGCACAAACUAACCGAAUUCACCUUAGUGGAUAUUAUCAACUGGGUGGCCUGUCGAUUUGAAAACGUGAUCAAAUUGCAACUGAUAAAUGCUAAGGCAUCAAAGAAAGAACGGAGGAUAAUAGCUUCGCGCAACUACCUAUUCCGCGGGCUGCCAGCACUCAACAACAUUCAACUGCUCGAUCCAAAUUUAAACAACUCAUUUAUUGAACUGCUAAGCCGGCCAUAUCGUCAUGUUCUCAUGUCAGAAGUUCCAUGUCCAGAAUCCAUUGCCAUUGUGACAUUAUCUACCGUGUUAGAGUGGCUUGCUAAGAAUGUAGGCGAUCUUAGUGAGCUUACUAACAAGCACAUCAAUCCUGAGGCAACCUUCCACCAUAUUGAACGCGAGCUUACGGCAAACAAUGAAAGCAAUGGAAACAAAAAGCACGAUGAGGAAGAUGAGGAAGAUGAGGAAGAUGAGGAAGAGGAGGAAGAGGAGGAAGAGGAGGAAGAUGCUAAUAUGUGCAAGAUUUGCUACACCUACGACGAGCCAAAUCAAGGAUGGUUAUGGAGAAAUCCAUUGCAAGCUAACAACUCCGUGACAACACUUUGCUACUUCUCGUGCAGGCAUCGUUGUUGUAAUAGAUGCGUGGUCAAGCUUUUGGAGAAAACCUCCCCGAUAUGCCAUAUGUGUCGAAAGCCAUUAGUAUUCAAGAAUAAUAUCUACCGUCUUAUCCGUGUUCCUCGAAAUGGCUUUGGCUUCUUCAAUUCAGGCGCCAAAGUAUCUGAGGCUGACAACAAAUGGCUAGAUAGCCAGGCCUGGGUUGAUGGUCACGUUUAUUUGUAUGUCGCAGAUAGACAACCAACUGAUAUUGCCACUAUGCACAAAAGAGUGCCAUCCUAUGACAAAUCUAAUCCAAUUCAUGUCAUUUGA